AUGGCUACGUCCUCGCCGCCGGGAAGCAGAGAUCGCCUGAGCCAGCUCCCCGAUUUCCUGCUGGGCCACGUCAUCUCCUACCUUCCGAACAAGGAGGCUGGCCGCGCGGCGGCGCUUUCUCGACGGUGGCGCGACGUCUUCUGCAACGUCCACACCGUCUCCUUCGGGGAGCACGAGGGCGCGAGGGCCAGCGACUGGACCACCUUCUAUUACGACGCUGAGGAGAAGAAGAGCUGCAGCUGGGCGCUCCUCAAUGACGUCUGGUCGGCGCUGCUCUGCCGCCGCCGGUGCGCGGGCACACACGUGCCGCUGCGCCGACUCAGCUUCGCCUUCGACAGCUGCCACCCCUGGAACUACGUCCACGUCGACCAGUGGCUCACUUACGUGCUGCGGCACAACAGCCUUCAGGAGAUCCACCUCGACCUCCGCUUCUGGCUCGGCCCGAUCUGCCCGCGCAGCAAGGGCCGCUAUGGCGAUGAUGGUUCCGACAAAGAAGAAGAGGUGGACAGUGACACGGACAACUCCGACGCUGAGCACGGACGCCGGAAGUGGAGGCCGUGCUCCUACCUUCUCCCCAAGGGGCUCUUCUCGUGCAUCGGCAUACGGACGCUGUGCCUAAGCAACUGCCGGAUGAAGCUGCCCAAGACGGUGGACCUACCGUACCUCGAGACACUAAGCAUUACCCAACCCCGCCGCGACGGCGGGAGAAGUGUCCAACGUCUGAUCUCGAGCUGCCCCUGCCUCAUCGACCUGACACUGGAGGCCAUAGCCCGCCUGAAGAGCGUCACGGUGCUCGACAAGCGCCUCCGCCGCUUCGCCCUCCGGUGCUGCCACAAUGUGCGGUCCGUCGACAUCGACGCCUCGGAGCUCAAGUCCCUGGACUACAGUGGCUUGGCGCCUUUGGAGUCGCUCCUCUCCCUGCACGGCUCGCCAGGGAUCCCUUCCUGCACCAUCAACUUGUGCAAGGCCCCCUCUAAUGAGGAUGACCACGACAGGUUCAUACGGUUCAUGGAGAAAAUCUCUGACGCCAAGCGCCUGCACCUGCACCACCGGUGCCUGCCAACCAUGUCCUUCGGCGGGUUCCCGUCGUUCUCCAAUCUGACGCGGCUGGCUCUGCAAGGUCCCCUCCAGAGUCCCAGCGUGGUGCGUGUGAUCCUGGAGCAGACACCAAACCUUGAGAUACUCUCUCUUUUCAUGGAGCCCGCUGUGGUUCCCAGCGACAACGCGGAGCCCUCCGUGGUUCCCGGCGGCAACGCGGCUCCCGACGAGUCGAGCUUCUCCAUCCCAUGCCUGCGGAGCCAUGUGAAAGAGAUCAACAUGGUGCACUACGAGGGCGACGCGCUGCAGAGGACGAUGGCCAGGCUCUUGUUCCGGAACGCGCUACUUCUGGAGAGGAUGUGCGUUGUGCUUGUGAGGGGCACAUUCGCGUUGCAGGAUGCACUGACGAGGGAGAUUAAAAGCUGGGUGGUGGCUGCCCAUGCAGAACAGAUUUUCUUGUGA